AUUCCACAUGCUAAAAACAUUUUUCACAUUUUUACUUUCAUUUUACUCUGGUACUAUAAAUCAGUUUGCUGCAGAUAACUUCAGACACUGUGUUGAGUUUACAACUAUAGGAAACAUUAAAUAAACAUUAAAUAAAUUUUCAUAGAACUUGCAUAAACAUAUUUUUUUUCUGUUUGGAGAAUGGACAGUACAACUAAACCUUACAGCUUUCUAUCUUUUCUCUCACCUGGUUUUUCAGAAAAUAAUUGGGAAGAUGACAAGAAAGGGAAGGAAUUGAGAGGACUGAUUCAAGAUCAUUUAGAGGAGAGAAUACGUCCAUACAUUAAUCUUAUUGACACUCUGCGGUCAGUUGGCAUUCAGAAUGAUCUGGCCCUGCCAACUAUCGUAGUAAUUGGAGACCAGAGUUCUGGAAAAAGUUCUGUGUUGGAAGCACUGUCUGGUGUUGCCCUUCCUAGAGGGACUGGAAUUGUGACUAGAUGUCCACUAGAACUGAAGUUACGGAAGGUAAGGAGUGGAAUUAGCUGGAAGGCAUCGUUAUCUUACCGUGACAAGAAUGUUGAAAUCAAGAAUCCCUUAUCAGUUGAACAGCUCAUUGCAGAUGCUCAAAAUGAACUGGCAGGGAAAGGGGUUGGAAUCUGUGAUGAGCUCAUUACUUUAGAGAUUAUGUCACAAAAUGUGUGUGACCUCACGCUGAUUGAUUUACCUGGAAUAGCAAGAGUCCCAGUAAAAGGACAGCCAGAAGAUAUUGGAAAUCAGAUUAAACGUCUUAUCUUCAAAUUUAUUGAGAAGAGUGAAACAGUAAACAUGGUGGUCGUCCCUUGUAACAUCGAUAUUGCAACAACAGAAGCACUAAAAAUGGCACAAGAAGUGGAUCCUGAUGGUAAAAGAACUAUAGCAAUUUUGACCAAGCCGGAUCUCAUAGACAAGGGCACAGAGCAAAACAUUCUGUCAAUUGUCCAGAACAAAGUUAUCCCUCUCAGCAAAGGUUACAUCAUGGUGAAGUGUAGAGGCCAAAAGCAAAUUGAUGAGAAAAUGUCUCUGGAGAAGGCCACACAAAUGGAGACAGACUUCUUCAAAAAUCAUGAGGUUUUCAGUUGUCUACUAAAUGAGGACAAAGCUACAAUUAAAUGUCUUGGAACCAAACUGUCCCAGUAUCUUGUUGAUCAUAUCAAAAAAUCACUGCCACUGCUCUCUGAAAAAAUUAAGAAGCAGUUGUGGGAGCUAAGGGGUGAGCUCAAAGAGUAUGAAGUUGGACCACCCCUUGAACCUCAGGAAACAAGAGCCUUUCUAAUUACAAUGUUAAUGGGUUUCAAUGAGACGAUCAAGGACUUGUCAUUCGGGGAGUUGAUCAGUGAAGAUAACCUGUUUGUCCAGCUUCGGGCUGAAUUCGAGAAGUGGAAUGAUCAUCUUAUCUCUACUGUGGAUUUCUUUCACAAGACAAUUGCAGAGUUUAAGGUGCACCGACAGAAAUUCAGAGGAAGUGAAUUGCUUGGCUUCAGCAACUACAAAGUGUUUCAGAAUAUUUUGCGGCAACAUGUAAAAAAUCUCAAGAGGCCUUCUAUAGAGACACUCGAUGUCAUAAAAGAAACCAUCCACAAGCAGUUUGCUGACGUGGCUCGUCAGUGGUUCCAGAAGUAUCCUUUUCUUCUAAAUGUCACUUUGAACAAAAUUGACAACAUUCAUUUAAAGCAGCAAGCCAAAGCAGAGCAGAGAAUCUUGGAGCAGUUUGAAAUGGAGAACAUGAUCUAUACUCAAGAUGCUAUUUACUUGAAGUUCUUGAAUGAAAUUUGCCAAGCGGAUGAAAAGGAGAAAUUUUCAAAAGAAAACCUUCCUGGCUUUGAUAAAAAAUUAAUGUAUACUGAAAUGCUUCAGGCUUAUUAUCAGAUUGUGGUGCAGCGGAUGGCUGACCAGUUGCCCAUGAUGAUGCUCUUUUUCAUGCUGAAGGAGACGGCUCGCCUCCUAUGCACUGAGAUGCUGACUUUAAUGGAUGGUGCACAAGUGAAUGAGAUCCUGUGUGAGGACUCUGAUGUCAGUAGAAAGCGCAUCGAAAUACAGACACGUCUGGAUCGUUUAAAUAUCGCUCAGGAAAAAAUUUGUAAUUUUGUUUGAGGGAAACAGUAUGUAUUUUAACUAGGGCUGUCAAUCUAUUACAGUUUUUCUUAGUUGCUUAAACACAUUUCUUUAAACUAUGCCUCAUAUUCUCAAAACAGUAAAGACAAUUGCAUAACAUCUCACCCAAUACUCCAAACAUCAUAUUUUCAGAUCAAAAUGAUUCUCUACACUUAAAACCAUUCACUCUUAAUGAAAAACCAAUCUUUUCCCUCAGACAUCACACACAAGCUUUCAAAAACACACACACACUACAACAUAGUAUUACACACUGGUGCAAUAAAUUCAAAACAAUAUAUCCAAAACUGGAAAGUUGCUUGUGGUUCUCCUGUUCAAAAACCUUUGCACAUUACCAAAAAAUACACAAUCGAUGAAUUCAUCAGCACAUUUAUAUUCAUUCAUGUGCUACACAGCACAAAUGUAAAACAUUUUUUUUUUUAAUUAUUCAACAUCCCGUCUUAGUUCUGGGUCAGGGCAGCGAAUCUCAUCCACAUCACAGGCUAUAUUGGUCCUAUAGCCAAACAGCGAAGGUAAAAUCCUCUUGCAUGAUCCACCCCUGGCAUUCAUCUACUGAUAUGUUGAUCUGUAUGGAAGGCAAUUUGAUGCAUUUCUUUAUUCCAGUAGCAUAGUCCAACAGUGUAUGCACACUAAAGUUACUGUACAGAGCAGUCUUACUGUAAGUACACCUAUCUUUUUUCCUCCCG